AUGAGAAACCUACACCAGUCAUUACUCAAGACUCCUGAAACCCCAACACAGGAUUUCAGGCCGGAGAAAGUCAAGUCCUCCUUUCCUGCCUCACCCUCCGAAAAAGAAAAUACCCCACAGCCCAGAGCCUCGUCUUCCUCUGCAUCUCCUGUCCCUCCACGCGGAUGCUCAAAGCGGAUCCCAGCCUGCCACUUCCAGCACGCAGCCACUCCCACGUCACCCGUCAGGUUACGCCGUCGGCUCAGCGGCUUUGAAAUGAGACUUAAUAUCCGGCAUACGUGCCUGCACUGCUUGGUUCUCCAGGGCUCCGAGCCUGGAGAUGAACAAAGAGGCUCCGUGCAACGUUUCAUUGUUUGCAACAAGCGCAACCAAGGAGGGCGUCUCUUCCCCAGCCCGCCCUGUGGCAGGACCCGCCAUUCACUCGCCUCACGCCUUCACAGUCGCGAGAGUCACCUCCCCACCAGAAAGGAAGAGGAGACCAGAGCCGAACUCUCUUCCUGCCGAGAUGUCUGUUGGCAUGCGAUUAAAGUCCUACAUGAGGCUGAGGGUCACAUCGUGACAUGGGAGAUGAACACUGGUGAGGUGUAUCGAGGGAAGCUCAUUGAAGCCGAGGACAACAUGAACUGCCGGAUGUCCGACAUCACAGUCACGUACAGAGAUGGCCGAGUGGCACAGCUGGAGCAGGUGUACAUCCAUGGCAGCAAGAUCCGCUUUCCGAUUUUGCCUAAUGUGCUGAAAAACGCACCCAUGUUAAAGAGCAUGAAAAAUAAACCCAAGGCUCAGGGCGGUCGGGGAAAUGCUGCUAUUCUGAAGGCCCAAGAGGCUGCAAGAGGGAGAGGACGUGGAAACAUCUUCCAGAAGCGAAGAUAAAUUUAUCUGUUGGACAGAACUUUGCCCUUAUUUUUUUCUUUUAGGUUAUCUGGGUCAGGGGGUGCAUGCGUAGGUAUAUGUCCUAGGUUAUCUUUUGAAAUCUUUUUCUUUAGAUCUGGGUAAAUGUUAAACUAAAUAAAUAUAGUGGGUUUUUUUCUUCUUGA